AUGGCAGAUCAGGAUCGGUCAGAAAUCAUCAGAAACAAUCCCAUCGGUAGCGGCCUCGAGGCUUUCCUUGCGUCGUUUAGUUCUCUCUGCGAGAGCAAAGACAUCCCUUACUCGGGAGAGGCCUUUGAUCAACUUGGCGAUGAAGCUAGGUACUAUCACCACGAGACUGUCCGUCUCCCCAACGGCGACGUCGAUGAUAUCCAACACGGCAUUCGAAAGGGAUUGGACAUUACGAAGGCCUCUAACUACCGGUCGCAACAACUGGAUCUGCCGCGGGAUUUGGGCACGCUUAGCAUCUCGCAAGAUAGCGUCACCGGUCAGAAGAGGUCAUCUAGCCAAACCGGCGCGCCCCUACCAUCAAGCAAGCGAUCUCGCUCGGAGUCUCCGAUAAAAGUUGACCCCAGCACGCUAACAAAUCGUAUCCAUCGGCGUGUUCUUGUUAGUGACUAUGGUCGGCCUAUUUACAAGGCUAGCUCGCGCGUGGCCCUCCUUACUGCAUUGGAAGACUGUAUCGAGGGCCACGAGUCACUACUACGCAAAGCCGAGAUCCUCCAUAGAGAUAUAUCAAAAAAUAACCCCAUAAUCAACGAGAAUAACAACAACCCUUCCCCGUAUUCGUUCUUGAUUGACCUGGAUCUUGCUAUUCCAGCUGAUCGAAGAAACGCAUCGGGCGCGAGGGGGAAAACCGGCACGAGGGCAUUCAUGGCGAUCGGGGCGCUCCUAGGCGAGCAACAUUCCUUCAUGGACGACCUCGAGUCCUUUUUCUGGGUGCUGUUCUGGAUAUGCAUUCAUUACGAUGGACCAGGGAAGGGCAAGACCGUGAAGCGGUUCGAGUUGUGGAACUACAUCAACAUUGAGGUACUAGCUGAACAGAAACUUGGCCUCGUGACGAAGGAGUCGCAUUUUCUCCAUGUAAUCACUGAAUACUGCCAGCCAUACUACAAACCUUUGAUACCUUGGGUCAAUAGGUUGCGGAGGGUCGUGUUUGAUAAUAAUGGGCGGGAAGAUGAGACACUGUAUUCCCGUAUGCGGGAUGUCCUCCGUAAAGCCCGGGAGGAUCCUGAUGUGAUACAUACUUAAGACAUACGUAUGCGUUGAAUAAAUUGCACCUAGAUCUAAUUCAACCGCCUAUUUCCAUGUGUGAUAGGGAUUAGCCAAGGCGACGCGACACGCUUAUUAUUUCUCUGAUGAUGCUAAAUUCGGAUAGGACAGGUGGAAACAGAAGGAGUGCGCUACAUGCUUGGCGGGCCUCACUGCCUACUUACGUCCCAAAACUGGCAACCGAGGAACGAAUGACUAAAU